AUGCUGCAAGCGCCGAUUCUGAUUGCUGCGUCCAGUAGUGGCCACGAGCAAGACUCCAUACACGAUAAGUCCACAUCGAAAGUAGAGACAACAGUGGUCACCCCCGUUUUAGAGGAGAAACGCGACCCGCCACAAGAUGCGCUGCCAGAGCAUACCGACGGAGGGCUGAUCGCCUGGCUGCAAGUAGUCGCUUCGUUCAUGCUCUUCUUCAACUCGUGGGGGUUGGUCAAUACAUACGGCGCAUACCAAACCUUCUAUGAGGCGGGCCCUCUGGCACAUUACAGCUCGUCCAGCAUCUCGUGGAUAGGUUCGGUUCAGGCAUUUCUACUUUUGCUCGUCGGUCCGCUCAGUGGCCCUCUCUUCGAUCGCGGCUUUGUGCGAGCUCUCAACGCUGCUGGUACGGUCCUCAUCGUACUUGGGUUGAUGAUGACGAGCAUCAGUUCUCGGUACUACCAAAUUCUUCUGUCACAAGGCGUUUGUACCGGUCUAGGGAUGGGCACCAUCUUCGUUCAAAGUGUGGCUAUCCUGCCAGCCUACUUUAUCAAACAGCGUGCGUUCGCUGCAGGCAUCUCGGUAUGCGGAAGCAGUCUUGGAGGCAUCAUAUAUCCCAUCGUCUUUCAACGCCUUGAGCCCCGUAUUGGAUUCGGUUGGGCGACUCGCGUGCUUGCUUUCAUUGCAUUAGCAACGCAAGCUGUUGCUGUGGCACUCAUGCGUCAACGCAGUGCCACCAGCAAAUCGCAAGUCUUAAUAGAUAAGACCACCUUCACACAACCAAGCAUGCUCGCUUUUUCUACCGCGGCGCUAUUGGCAUUUAUGGGUCUUUACAUCCCUUUCUACUACAUUGGUAUCUACAGUCAGAGAAAGGUUGACAACGUGCCAAGUACGUUGCUAGCCUAUCUUGUGCCAAUUCUGAGUGCCGGUAGCGUCUUUGGACGAAUUGUCCCCAACAUUCUUGCAGACAGGUUCGGCUAUCUCAACAUGUUUAUCGUCACCUCUAUUGCAGCUGCCACCACAGGCUAUGCAUGGCUUAGCGUCGACAGCACCUCCAAGCUCGUAUUUUUCUGUUUCUUCUACGGUGCCUUUUCAGGCAGCUAUGUAUCACUUCAGGGACCAACUGUGGCCAUGCUGACGGCUGACAAGUCACGACUCGGUGCACGGAUGGGCACAUUUAGUCUCUUUACUGCUAUCGGUAUUCUGGUCGGCAAUCCAGUCGCCGGUGCCAUGAUCGAUGUCAACGAGGGUAUAUUCUGGCCAGCACAGGUCUUUUGUGCCACCUUGAUCGUCGGCGCAGCCAUUUGCCUCAUUCUAACUCGACAUCUAUGUACUUGCACGGCUUCGUCCAAGAUUUUCGUUAAGACAUAA